AUAGAAUUGUGUAGAAUUGUUAUUUCUGUUAAAUAGAUCAAUAAUAUAUUUUGAAAAUUCCUAGACAGGAAAUCAGAAAGCCACUUAAGAUCAAAGCUUGAUCACCAGACCGCAACCAGACGCCAGAUGUUUUGUAAUAUAUUCAGAAAGAAAGGCAUCACAAACAUCAAGGCAUUAAUGUUUUACAGUGCGAACGACCUUCGGAGAAACAUUGUUGCUGUGAAAAUUUCUGGUAGGUUUGUUCAUAUUUCUGCAUUACAUUCACACUAGAGCUGACGAGAUCGCAACUGAGCGCAAAUUUGUCGAGUUUCAUCUAUUCACACGGGAAUUCGUGCGGUUAUCUGAGCUCGAAUUGUCCGCCUUCGUGGAACGCAAAGCAAGAAAGUUCAAACUUGAGCAUUGAACGUAGUCUCAGACCAUACUCAAGUUUUCAUGAUUUCUCAUGAGUGUUCUCCUAGGACGUAUCAAACCAGACCAACUAGAGCCCAGCUGACCGUACCAAUUCCCGUGUGAACACAUGAAAGCGAACUAUUAAAUGCGUGAUGUAUACGGUUCUGAAUUCAUCAGAUUUCGUACGAUCAGAGUCUCAAUGUACGAAAUUUCUAAUUGUAAGUCCUUCUCAAUGAGAUGCAAUAGCCCAUAGUGAGUUGCUUCGUGCGAGGACUAGUAGAAAUUAGGCUUUAUGGAAUAAAAUAUAAAUACUAGAAUAUUGUGAAAUAUUUGGUAUACAACAUAAGCACUGACAUGUUGCGCUUCGAGUAAACGCUCAUAUAAAGCUACAGUUCAUGUUUGGUGUUUGAAUAAAGGAAAAUAGAUGUUGCCUUAUUCGAUCUUCAGAAACACUAGAUCUAUAUUUUGAUAUUCGCAGUAAUAUAGACUUUUUAUAUUCAUAGCAAAUCUGCCAAAUCAUUGUUUGUUUUAAUACUAUGUCUUGAACUGAUGCGCAUGUGCAGUUAGGGAUGGGCUAGAGUACAACAUCACGUAUAUCAAGAACUAGAUUUUGCUAUCAUGUUAACUUAUAGAUAUUCGUAGUACAUAAAUUGUGUUUAUUUUUGACCUACAAUCAAUCGACUUGAUCCAACUUUUUAGUAUCACAUACAAACUUUCACAUUCUUCAACUGUAUAUAAUUAUGUAAGGCAUAAGCCCCUCUUUCAAUAAAAACUGACCAAGUUAACAUAACCUAACCUUUUGACUAUAUAGUCCCAAUAUAGUCAUACAUUUUAAGUAUGUAUACGAAUGUUCUCCUGAGCAGUUUUAGGUAGGUAUAUGAGCAUAUUUUUUUAGGUAGGUAUACGAAACACCGCGGAAAAACGUCUGCGCAUGCGUCAACCUUACCUGUGAACUUGAUGAGAAGCUGUUCCGAACGUUUCCGAAGGCUCAAAAUGGCGGUAAAAAGGAGUGACUUCAUUGUGCGUCUUUACAGCCAGAUUUCGAGCGCAAAAAUAAACAUGUCAUUCUAAAAACUAGAAAUAAAUACAGCCAGAAGGUUCAAGAAAUUGUAUUGUACAAGAACAUGAACUAAAGGUGAUUGUUGACAAAUUUAUCGUCUGAAACAUUUUGUUUAUCAACUAAGCAAUGACAAUUUCCAUACUUUAAAUGCAAGGACGCUUUCAAUUAAUGUCUAGUCUACCCAUUUGCUAUAUUUUCUCGUUUGUUUUACUAAUUUUUGACCAAUUAAUAAGCAUGUUUUUGUUUUAGAAAUUGAUAUUCAAAUUCCCCGCCAUAUUUUCAUAAUUUGGUGCAUGCGCAGACGUUUUUCCGCGGUGUUGGUAUACGAGUGUGCUCAUGAGCAUAUAUACUGAGCAUGCUCAUGAGCAUACUGGUUUUAAGUAUGUAUAGUCACAAAAUUUUCUAAGUGACUUUGUGACUAUAACUAGUUAUUUUUAUUCUAUGGUAGCUUGUAUCAGUAAUUUGUAUGUGGGCCCUGAAGAGAUAUAUGCGUACUCCACGUAUCCAUGCAAAGCCUAAGACAACCUCAUGUAUAUUGACAUUACAGUGAUAAAACUAUAAGUAUCCAGGUGCCUUUAUGCAAAUCCCCCAACCAACCCCUCAAACAGCUUUGUAUAUCAUAAUUAAAUAAGGUUAACAUUGAUUUGGCCAACUCUACAAAUAAAAUUUGGACAGAUAUACAGGGUGUAUCAAAAUAAACGCAAUUCAUCUUUUGUGCUUAAUAACUUUCGAAAUACUAUUUCUAGUUAAACGCUUUUAGGCUUACUUCAGAGUCUGUUCUUUUCUCUUUCAAACAAACUAUUAUCCUUGUCUCCAAUGCUGGUAAUAAUUGCACAGGAAAAGAUUUAGUAAAACCUAUCAUUUUUAGUUGCUGUUUAAUUAUGCAAGUUUACUAUGUUAUUGUUUAGUCGGUUUAAAUGUUAGAAUUUUCUUCUUUAAACUUUAAUGUUGUCGUAACAUAGGUGCAUUUUGUCUGCGCAUGCGCGAAAAUCGUUCCGUGCGAUUGCAAAUGGCGGACUUUAAAGGGUUUGUGAGUUUUGUCACGGUUUUUAUGAAAAAUAUGGACUGAAUUCUUGUUCGAUCUCUCAGAAUUCGUGUUAAUCCUACGCAGGUAAGGGUAUUAGUUUUAUUACAGUUUAAUUCUCUCCAAAAUUCAUGGUCUUUCGUUUAAAUUUUCGUCAUUUGCUCGACACGAUGAUGCCUUUUAUAGUCCCCAUUUCUAUAGUCAGUUGAGCUUAAUAUGUAAGUUACUCGCUUGUUUGGCGUGUUUUCUUGUUUUAAAUAGGUUUAUAAUCUUUCUAUGGUUGGAUAUUCUUGAAUAGUAUGAGUAGUUAUGAAAAUAAUGAAAAUCUACUGCCAUAAUUUUUGGAUCAAUAUGGCUGUUUGCAUUUGGUUGAAUAGAGAUCUUGUAGUAAACCCUAUACCGUUGCUUUAGGUUGAAAUUUUCCAAAAUAAUAUAUUUUCCUGCAAAACUUUUUUUCUACUUUCUGAUACUGGUUGUAUUAAGUGUUAAAAAUGUUGCAAAUCCCUGAUCCCUGUUAUAUGCAAAUAUAUUGAUGCAAUACAGGAUCUGGGAGAAGAACCCAAAUUCCAAAAUAUAUAACAAACUUCUUUUUGUGUGUGGUGAUAAACAAAUCAGAAGUGAGUCAUACAAACUUUCCCAUAUUUUUUCCACAAAUUAGAUCAGGCGUUGUGAUGGAAAGGACGUCAAGUUUGAUAGCAAAAAAAUUUGGAAAAGGGUACUUUUAGCACAAUCAUGUCGUCAGCCCAUGCUCCAAACAUAUAUGGGACUAGCUACGUGACAGUAAGUUGUAAAAAUAUUUUUUAUUGUGUAUUGGUGAGUUUUCAGUGAUAAUUUUUUGUUGUAGAGCAAGGUGUUAUUCCAUUUUGUUAAAUUUACAAGAUUUAAUGUUCAGAUGAGGUAUUUAUCUGAACAAAAAUAUUGCUAUAAGAUUACCAUUUCUGGUCACAAAUGCUAAAUUAUGGGGUUUAAUUGACCUUCAAGGUUAAUAAAUAGAAAUUCUGAAAAAUCUGUACAUACAAACUUCACUAAAACAGUAUAUGUUCUUCCAAAUCAUCUGUCUCACAGCUUAAAAGUGUUUGAUCAUCUGGAAAAAUUUGGAAAAGUACUCAUUUUUAGCAUCAUAUAUGUAAAUUAGAUAUACAGCCAGAAUAUUCAUUCCCAACUUAUUGGGUAAAAGAAAGGAGCCACCAUUAUAGUGGGGAAUGUCGACCAAUUAGCCUUGUUAUGUUUGGCCAUACAAACCAUGCUGCUAUGAGACUGGCACGUUAAAUUGUUUCGAUUCUCAAAUCUGUCUGAGAUUAUAUUCGACUCUACCCAAUAAGUCGAGAAUGAAUAUUCUGGCUUUAUAUCUAAUUUACAUUAUAUGAUGCUAAAAAUGAGUACUUUUCCAAAUUUUUCCAGAUGAUCAAACACUUUUAAGCUGUGAGACAGAUGAUUUGGAAGAACAUAUACUGUUUUAGUGAAGUUUGUAUGUACAGAUUUUUCAGAAUUCCUAUUUAUUCACCUUGAAGGUCAAUUAAACCCCAUAAUUUAGUAUUUGUGACCAGAAAUGGUAAUCUUAUAACAAUAUUUUUGUUCAGAUAAAUACCUCAUCUGAACAUUAAAUCUUGUAAAUUUAACAAAAUGGAAUAACACCUUGCUCUACAACAAAAAAUUAUCACUGAAAACUCACCAAUACACAAUAAAAAAUAUUUUUACAACUUACUGUCACGUAGCUAGUCCCAUAUAUGUUUGGAGCAUGGGCUGACGACAUGAUUGUGCUAAAAGUACCCUUUUCCAAAUUUUUUUGCUAUCAAACUUGACGUCCUUUCCAUCAUAACGCCUGAUCUAAUUUGUGGAAAAAAUAUGGGAAAGUUUGUAUGACUCACUUCUGAUUUGUUUAUCACCACACACAAAAAGAAGUUUGUUAUAUAUUUUGGAAUUUGGGUUCUUCUCCCAGAUCCUGUAUUGCAUCAAUAUAUUUGCAUAUAACAGGGAUCAGGGAUUUGCAACAUUUUUAACACUUAAUACAACCAGUAUGAGAAAGUAGAAAAAAAAGUUUUGCAGGAAAAUAUAUUAUUUUGGAAAAUUUCAACCUAAAGCAACGGUAUAGGGUUUACUACAAGAUCUCUAUUCAACCAAAUGCAAACAGCCAUAUUGAUCCAAAAAUUAUGGCAGUAGAUUUUCAUUAUUUUCAUAAUUACUCAUACUAUUCAAGAAUAUCCAACCAUAGAAAGAUUAUAAACCUAUUUAAAACAAGAAAACACGCUAAACAAGCGAGUAACUUACAUAUUAAGCUCAACUGACUAUAGAAAUGGGGACUAUAAAGGCAAGCAUCGUGUCGAGCAAAUGACGAAAAUUUAAACGAAAGACCAUGAAUUUUGGAGAGAAUUAAACUGUAAUAAAACUAAUACUCUUAUCUGCGUAGGAUUAACACGAAUUCUGAGAGAUCGAACAAGAAUUCAGUCCAUAUUUGUCAUAAAAACCGUGACAAAACUCACAAACCCUUUAAAGUCCGCCAUUUGCAAUCGCACGGAACGAUUUCCGCACAUGCGCAGACAAAAUGCACCUAUGUUUGUUGUCGUCACUACAUCUGGAAAACCACGUAAGAACAAAUUUAAAGUAUUUUAAAAGAGACCAGGUUGUUUAAAAAUCCUAAACGAAUGCUAAAAAUCGUCAAAACGUUGUGGUGUCUGAGCCAGAGUGUCAUCGAAUUGCGAUGUAAUGUAAACAGAAAUUAUAGCAAGUUGAUGUCAGUCAGCUUAGAUGGUCCAAGCCAAAAUUAUAUCGCAUUUGAAGUUUCAAACUGAGUUAAAAAUAGUGGAAGAAAAGCCGUAAGUAUACUUAUUGUUACAAUCCAUUUAAUAAAAUGCAACAUUUUUUUGUUUUAAUGAAAAAAUCAGUUAUUUUCAUAAGAACGAUUUGUUAUUCCAUCUCAAUUUUUUUAAUCUCCAAUCGCAAUAACGUAAAGUAUUAUUACCCGCGAACCAAUGAGUCAAAUUUAAGAAACAACCCACUGUCAGAAAGCUGAAUGGCUACGCUUUAAAAUGAAUGUAAACUUUAACGUUUUCGUCUAUUAUUUGUUUAGCAAUUUACAUUUCUGUUGAGGAUUGCGCUUUUUUUUAUACACCCUGUAUAGUGAGGAUUAUGUUUGACAUGAUAUAUUAAUGUAACAGUGCAAUAUGUAGCAUGUUGCUGUUGGUUGGGCUGCAAACCCAAGAUGUGGACAUUAUUUUUAAAACAUAUUCUGUGAAAUUAUUCAGCAAUAUUAUUUUAUCACUACAGGGAAUAAACAUUUUAUCAAUCUGUUUCAAGUUGAAUUAUUGUUAUUUAUUUAAAAGAUUUGUGUUUUCUGAUUAGCUAACAGCCAACGGUGAAACUCUCAGUGAAACUCAGCCUUUGGCUUCUGUUGAUAAAACAAACUUUGGUAUCAAUAAUUCUUCAAUCCAUGCAAAACCAAAUUCAAAAAUUGUUCAAUAUUGCCGAAAUCUCAUCAUGGAACCACUGAAAUCUAGUAGCCUCAAAAUAAUUUAAUGGAAAGAUGUACUCCAUCUAUUCGAUAUAGAAUAUAUUAAUUAAAUAAAAUUUGAAAUAUUAAUAUACAACUCAAACACUCACAUCAAAUUUGCUAAACUGGCAAAUGCAAAGCGAGGGAAAUAUAUUAAACUAUAGUUUUGCUGUGUUUGACGACGAUUCAAGCAAGUUUUUGCAAACUUUUACCAUUUUCAAUAGGACAACAGUGUCAAAACAUCACAAAAUAAAAGUGUUAAAUUAUCUUACACAUGUAUUUAUCGCUUACCUUUCCUACAGAUUCUUUCGAAGGCAAUUGGGAUAAAUAACAAAUCCUCUUGCUGCUUUAUAGGAAUCCAAAUUCAUUUUCAUAAUGUCGUUAUCUUGACUAUCUUGUGCAUUGUCUUCGUGAAAUAUAAUAUCUGCAUUCAGUUCAUGUAGUUCAUUCACUCCAAACAUGCUUUAUUCACUUCCUGUUAAUACCAUCAUCAAUUUCCGGGAUGUCCAAAAUCUUCGUUUUUUCGCCUUCUUCUGGUUUUCGGUAUCGUCAAAGAUGCGAUGUCUUUUGUUGCCAUGCGCUCUUUCAUUCAUUAUUUAUACCCCUGGUUCAUCCUGAAUGGAAAUUGAAAAUUGUUCAUCGUUAAAUUUACCCAAUCAUUUUGGCGCUUCAGAUACUUUUAAUCAACCCUACUAGAUUCAAGACUGUAAAAAUGCUUUUUUAUAAAGUUGCGUCAAGUUUUUUAUGAAAAUGUCUAGCCAUUUAUCAAAAUCCUCAAUUUCGCAAGUUAGUUUGAAAUAAUAUUUGAAAUAUUAAAUGACCUAAGGCUAUGAAUAUUUGUGGAAUUAUAAAAUUUGUUUUUUCCUUACGACGACUGUUGAUAUUUUAAAAGUUGUAGCUAUAACACUAUUAUUCUCUAAAAGGAUUCUAAAGUACUGCAUAUUAUGUCAAGCAUUUUUUUAGCAUUUUAUAUAAACGGGCUUGGGCUAUUUCCCUUCCAUUUUUUUAUUCAUGUUUUAAGUGGCGGAAAAAUUACUCAAAAUUCGCCAUACUUCUUCUUCUCUUCAGCAAUUAUUAAGAUUUCUAUUUGCAACUAUCGAAUUUUUAAUUCGCAAAUACCACUGAAAGGCGAAUCGCAAUUUUCGAUCUGCUUAUGAGCUUAUUUAUAGAUGAUGUUUGUGAUCUCAUACUCUGAGUGUAUAUCCACAUCGGACAAGCUUGAAUAAUAUGCCUGGCCACGGUGGGAAUCGAACCUACGACCUUUGGAAUACUAGCCCAAUGCUCUGCCAACUGAGCCACGCGGUCAGAUCGGUUCAAGUAUGUGAUAUUUCGGAACAGAAUCUAGUUCCUUCGAUAUCAUCUAAUAAUCUAAUAAUCAGUAGUAAUAAUCACAGAAAAAUCAUUACUGAUUAUUAGAUUACAUUGAUAUCGAAGGAACUAGAUUCUGUUCCGAAAUAUCACAUACUCGAACCGUCCUGACCGCGUAGCUCAGUUGGCAGAGCAUUGGGCUAGUAUUCCAAAGGUCGUAGGUUCGAUUCCCACCGUGAUCAGGCAUAUUAUUCAAACUUGCCCGGUGUUACACUCAGAGUAACAUCACAAGCAUCAUAUUCACCUGAGUACACUACACCAACACAGAAAAAUUAUUUAUAUAUGUUUUACAAGCCAGGGGAAUUUAGGGAAAGAAAGUUGUCCCAAAAUGAACAAUUGUGCCUCAACAUCGAUUGAUCAACGAAUGAACAAUCACCUAACAUUUCUAUUUCUUUAUUUUUCAACAGAUAAAUUUUUGAAAAAAUCUUUUCAUAUCGACCACUGAUUUCCAUGGCAAGCACCUAAAAGUCAUUCUUUCCAGGAUUAAUCAGGUAACACUUUUUCUAUAGUUUAUUGUCUAUACAUAAUAUAUUACUACAGUGACUGUACUGUUUCACUGUGCUCAGUAAACCCCAAAAAUUUUACCUGCCUACCUACUUAAUGGAUAACUAAAUCAUUUAGGAAGAUCAAAAUUUUCUCAUUUUGUUGGCAAACGUAAUGUACUGGAAAGAAUUGAGUUUUAUUGCUAGUAAAUCGAUAAUUAUUAUAUUCGGUUUUGUUUGAAAAUGCCACAUACACUAGCGACUAUGACAAGUACUACAUCCAUAUCUAUAGUUCUGUAUCCUGCAACUCUUUUAUAAUCUUUCAGACGUCCAACAAUGGCGUGCCGAAUGGACGACGAACAAGGUUAUGACGUGAAUCGUUUAGAAGGUGAAGUGAGAGAAAAUCUGCUCUGUUCUGAAGUUAUGAACGACGACGAGCAAGGUUAUGAUGUCAAUCGUUUCCUAGGCGAAGUGAGAGAAGAUCUGCUCUGUUCUGUUUGCCAAGAUGUGCCAAAGGACCCAAGAGUUUGCCAGAAUGAAGACCAUAUAUUUUGUUUGGCUCAUAUAUCGCGACAUCUUCAUCAAAAUUCUCACACAUGCCCAGUUUGCAGAGACCCCUUGACUCCAGAAACCCUGAAACGUCCUACAAGAUUUUUGAAGAAUUAUUUAGAAGAUCUGAAAAUCAAGUGCGACCACCAUGAUCGUGGCUGUCCUGACGUUGUCCGGCUUGAAGAUCUUCAAAGACAUGUCGAUCAAUGUGGAUUCGCGCCCGUCAUGUGUGGAAAUGAAGGAUGUGGGACCGAGGUGAAUAGACGAGAUAAAGAAAACCAUGAAAAAAAUCUUUGCCAAUUUAGAAUCGCCAAAUGUCACGACUGCAAAGAUAUUAAAGCAAGUCAGAAUGGAAUGAAAGCAAGUCAAGAUGGAAUGAAAGCAAGCCAAGAUGAAAUGAAAGCAAGCCAAGAUGAAAUGAAAGCAAGUCAAAACGAAAUGAAAGCAAGCCAAGAUGAAAUAAAAGCAAGUCAAGACGAAAUUAAGGUAAGACCAGAUUUCAAUGGCAAUCCAUUGUAAUAGACCUUUCCGGUAAUUAAGUCCCAACUACACUGUUUUCAACGUAGGACCACCUUAAAUGGAAUAGAUACAUCCUUCGUCAACACAUGCAUAAAAAAGAUUUUGGAUUUUGAAAUAAGCUUGAAAAAUGUGGAAAUAAGCUUAAACACGAAAUGGCCCCUUUUGGCCCCUCGGCCUCGUUUUCGAGUUUAAGUUUAUUUCCACAUUUAUUGGUCAAAAUCCAAAAUUCUUUUUUAUGCAUGUGUUGAAGAAGGAUGUUCUGCUCCUCUGACCAUAGCCCGUGAGAAACAAACUUAAAAUCCAUUCCAUUUAAGGCGGUCCUAAGUUGAAAACAGUGUUAGUCGUGACGUAAUUACCGGAAAGGUAUAUUGUUUUGUAAGAGUCGUCUCGAGCGAUCUGUGUGAGUGUAGAUAACGACGACUACAACACGGCUCCAGAUUGAGUGACAAACAACUACCUGAAAAUCACAAACAGAUUUUUUAUGUAAUUGUAUCUCUCUCAAUGAACAGCUAUCUUUGUGGAUAUCGACAUACUUUUACAAAGAAAUUUUGCAAGAUAGCUAAUUAUAUAGUCAACAUAUAUUAACCAUAGUUUGUCAGAAUGAAUGCAGUGUGAUCUCUGAGAUCACAUUUUAACACUAAUACUGUAAUUCAGGAAUUCCAAAGUGAAGUGAAAAUUGAGAUGGAAGAAAUAGAAAGGAAACAAGAUGAAAUGAAGGUAAGACAUGAUUGUUUAUAGUUAUUCCUUGCAGUGUUUUAUAGCCUGUCAAUAUCAUUAACACCUUCGAGUUGAAUGAAAAGCUCCAUAUAGGUAUUGAGACCUAAAGCACACACUUUAAUUUAGGAAAAUGUUGGCGAGAUCAAGAAAUCUCAAGAUGUUAUAAAUGUUAGAGUAAAUCAAAUGAAGGUAAGACAACAUUGUGUUUUUAGGGUUAUAUAUGGAGCAAUCAAUAUAGUCUUUUAUAUUUAUCUACUUAGCAAAGCUACGAGUGGACCACGUAUGACCACAAGUGACAAGGAGACGUUUCGUGUAAAUAAAUAUGAAUUUAGAAAAUGAUGAGUUUUCAGUUACAUCCAAAUCUCAGUAAACAUGGCUUCCAUUUCAUGCCGAGAAUUAUAGCACUUUUUCGACUGUUACGACAAUUCUGCUAUUCUGAACCGGGUUUGUCACUCGUGCAAGUCAUUCACUCGUGCGGUAGUGAUCACUCAUGAUCAGAUAUCUUAACACUUCUGUACUUCAAUUAAGGAAAAUGUUGACGAAAUAAAGCAAUCUCAAAAUGAUAUAAAUGAUAAAGUAAAUCAAAUGAAGGUAAGACAAAAUUGUGCCGAGUUUCUUUAGGCUCAUGUAGCUACAUUUAUCUACUUGUCAAACCUUUCAUUCCCUAGCCUGUCUUCCAGUCCAAUACACACAACGGUUGAGAGGACUGGAACACAGACUAUCAUUCCCCAGCUAAGUCAACAUCUUCAUCAAUGCACUUUUUUAACGAUGACGACUCGCUUCAUAUCCUAGCUUACAGAUUGGACGCUUCGUCAAACAGAAUCUGCUGUUUUCCAAAAAAUAGGACAAUUAUAAGAUUAUUUUUUACUUACUGUAUUAACCACAGUUUAUCAUUUGUUCUGAUUCAAAAAUACACCUGAGUGAACCACGUUUGACCACGAGUAAUAAAGAAAUGUUUGCUGUAAUUUGAUUAUAAGUAUAAUUCAAACCUCAGCACUCAGCAAAGAUAUUAUUUUUAUUACAGUACUUUUUCGCCUUUUAUAAUAAUUCUGCUAUAUAUUCCGAAGCGGCUUUUUUGUCACUCCUGCAUGUCAUUCGUAUUUGUUGUCAUCUCUCAGAUAUCUUAACACUUCUACUUUCAUUUAGGAAAAUGGUGACGUGAUGAAGCAAUCUCAGGAAGUUAUAAAUGUCAAAGUAAAUAAAAUGAAGGUAAUACAAGAUUAUGUUGGGUGCUUUUAAGGCUUAUUAUGCGAACAAUUCUGCAUGUUUCACUGGUAAAAACGCUACAUACGUCUACUUCAAAACGUGGGAAAGCUUUCAAUCUAUAAGCCCUAAGAUUUUCAUCAUUGCACAUAUGAUUUUGAGCUUAUACGGAUUGCAAGCUUGGUAAAAAAACAAUCUAUCUGAUGUUUUUCACAAAACAGAACAAUUAUGAGUUAUGUAUUUUUACUCACUGCGUGAACCACAUUUUAUCAAAAUGUAUGCAGUGUCAUCUCCGUGAUAUCUGACCAUUAACACCGCAACCUAGAUAUACAAGUUUUUAAUUUUACUAUUCAGGAUAAUGUUGACGAGAUAAAGCAAACUCAAGCAGAAAUGAAAGCAGAUCAAAUGGCAUUUGAAGCCGAGGCAAGAAACCAAUUUGGAAGAAUGACAGAAAUGUUAAAUCAGCUGUUGGAAGGAAGAAAUAGAAACAACAAUGAUGCUCAAGCUUUGGAUCCACCAGUUCCAGUCAACAACCAAGACAUUAUAAUAAUUGGCGGUUGGUAUGCCCCAGAAAUGGAACGUGUAUUGAAUAGAGUUGAGAAAUUCAACAUAGUAGAAGGGAAGUCGACUCAGUUACCAAAACUCAAUCACCCUCGAGGAAAUUCAGCAUCAUGUCUUUACAACGGUGACGUCAUCAUCGCUGGCGGUUACGAUGGUCAAGCUAGUACAGACAGCAUUGAGAUUUUAAAGAUGAAGCAGGAUCCUUUGCGAUGGACGAUGUUUGAUGGUAAACUGCCGGUGAAGUUAUCUAGUCAUGAAGUUAUAAUUUAUCAAGGCAAACUAUACAUCAUAGGAGGAUUUAACGCAAGAGAAAAGAAAACAACCGAUAAAAUCUACGAGCUUUCUAUUAUCCCGCCUUAUACUGCCAAGCUGCUGGCUAGAAUGCCUCAGUCAAGAAGAAACCACAGAGCAGAGAUUGUAAAUGGAAAACUAUUUAUCUUGGGAGGAUCGACAACAAACCUUAGUAAAGGCGCCAUUGAUAGCGUUGUCGUGUAUGAUUUCAUCAAGAAUGAGCUCAAACCAUGUCCUUCGUUACUCAAGGCUGUCUGGGGAAUGUCCACAGUUACUUGGGGUAACAUGGUGAUACUUAUUGGCGGGCAGGAUAAGAAUGACCAGGUCUUAAAUGAAGUCACCAUGUAUGACAUUGAAUCAGGACAAAGUCAGAAGUUGCCUCCACUGAUACACAAGAGGUUCGGUUCCUCAGCAGUAAUUAUGCAUGACGUCAUUGUUGUAUUGGGAGGAUGGAAUAAGGAGGAAGGGCAUCUCAAUUCACUAGAAAGUUUCACAAUGGGAGGUGAUCAUUGGAGAGAACUGCCAGCAAUGAAGGAAAAAAGACAUUUGGCAACUGCUGUAGUAAAACCUCGCAACUGAAAAGCUCUCCAUAUAAACUUCUUAUUCGCCUUUGCAUGAAUACAGUGUAUCAUAAAUAAUCCAAUAAACGCCCACUUUCUAAUAAACGCUUUCUAUCUAAUAGACACCGCGGUCAACCCAGACUUUGUCAAAACAGAUGCGUCUCUCUUUAAAAAGCCUCUCAUGUGAUAAACGCCCUUCUCCCUACUGGAGAGUUCCCAAGAUUUAAAUAAUUUAAUUAAACAUUUAUUAGAUCGAACGCUUAUUAAAUUAUUAAUGUUGGGCAUAUAGGUGUAAUAGAAUAUAAGAGCUAUGACAGUUGAAGAUUUUGACUUUCGUUCACUCUGCAAACUCUUGGAAAGUGUUAUUUAAGAAACCUAGAUAUGCCGUAUGUAAGAAUAAACGCCCCUCUGUAAUAGACGCCUUUAUCUAAUAAACGCCCCCUUCAAGAUACGAAAAUUUAAUCAACGCCCAGGGCGUUCAUUGGAUCAUUUACGGUACUUUGUGCCAUGAGAGUUGAUCAUCAUAUUUAUAAUUUCAUGUCCUGUAGAUACUAAAUAUGCGCACAAAAGAAAAUAAAUAACAUUGACUGAAACCUGAUCAUAAAACACCGGCCCUGAGUUCUAACCCUUCAAUGAUGGUUACGGUUCGGGGUUGUUUAAUGCUCAGGCUUCAGUCAAUGUUAUUUAUUUCCCUUUCAUUUGCAUAUUUAGUAUCUACACGACAUGAAAUUAUAACCAUCAUCAAUGACCUGCACUUGGGUUAACUCGCUGAUCUCAAACCUAGCGCUGGAUAGUGCAUCCGCUAUGCAGAAAUGAAGACAAUGUCGGCCAUAUUGAUGUGAGCAACACAAAUCUACUGUGGUGUUGAUGACAUAGUGUAAGAGGUUCUUACAGUUUCUAGUUAUCGCUGAGAAAGGAUAAACAUUGUCUGAAUAGAAAUUUAUCAACAGUCGUCUCUCGUCCCCUUAAAUUUGCUCGUGAAUAACUGAUGUCACACCAAGAUGGCUGCUACAAGUCUCAUUAUCUAGUGUUUAAAACGUUCUAAAACUCAUUAGAAGAAAUAUGGAAAGCUAUAUUUUUUAAGUUACAUAGGAAAAGAC